GGAUCACUGGACGGCUCCCCGUCGUCGGAGGAGGGCAGCGAUGACGCCUCUCUGGCUGCUUCUCCUGUGUGGUGUAGCGGCCGCCGAGCGCCGGUACCUGUUCACAGCGCCCAAAGUCUUCCUCGCUGGCUCGCCUGAGCGGGUGUGUCUGACCCUGUUCGACGUGCCCGAGACCGGCGACCUGACGCUGACGUUGAAGAGAAGUGAGAGUAGGCCCGACGGUCGCACAGCACACCCAGCAGGUGUCGGGCGUGGCGGGUGGGUCCAAGGAAACAUGCUUUGAGGUUCAAACACCAGAGCUUGACGCUUAUGCCGUCUGGAUGGGUCUGGAAGUCACUUACCCAUCCGCCGUCAACUACACCAUCUCAGGAAAUCAACACAUCUCUAUCUUUUCGAACAACGAGCCUGAAGAUCAUGUCUUCAUUCAGACAGACAAGUACAUGUACAAGCCGGGACAGCUGGUCCGCUUCCGCGUGCUCUCCGUCAACGGGAAACUGAGGCCGAUUUCGGAGCCGUUGCCGCAGAUCUACAUCGAAUCGCCGGCCGGGACGAGGGUGGCGCAGUGGACAGAUGUGACUGGUCAGAGCGGGCUGGUGCAGCUGGAGAUGCAGCUGGCCGAGGAACCCAGUCUGGGUGAAUGGAACAUACACGUAGCGACAAGCGGCGGGCGUAAGGUGAAGAAGACAUUCAAGGUCGAGGAGUUUGUGUUGCCCAGGUUCGAGGUCAACAUCCAGGGUCCUCCAUUCAUUCUGGGUGAUGCCGAAGAAGUGGCGUUGAAGGUGUGCGGAAGGUACACCUACGACAAGCCGGUGCAAGGGAAUGCAACGAUUCGUGUCUCUUCUGGUUUUUAUCGUCGUCAGGAGCUUACCCGAGAUGGGCACACGUCCGGGGCCGACUGUGCCGUGUUUCGAGUCAGCGGCAGUGACCUCGGCUUCGGAAAAACAAUCCAAAGGCCGUACAGGCUGGAGGCCACCGCCGAACUCACAGAGGAUGGCACUGAAGUCACGAUCAAGGGCACCAAGACGUUCUCCAUAGAAUACCAGAGGCUGAACCUCGAGACCUACAACUUGAGAAGCAAUUAUUUCAAGCCAGGACUUCCCUACACCGAUAAGAUCAGGGUACGCCACCCGGACGGCACACCAGCUCCCGGUGAGCUGGUCCAGCUGUGUUUUGAGACCCACUGGACGACGACAGAGGACGGAAUCGGCACGAAGUCUUCUGCCGAUCCGGUCUGUCUGAACGUCACGUCUGACAGCAAAGGUGUGGUCGCGUUCACUGUGCCACCUCAAGAUCAGAAAAUCGAGAAGAUAUCCAUUCAGGCCACGACGCCGCUCGUUACCGAGGCCAGGCACCCGGAACGCCGAAGCGGUAGGCUCUCGCACCUCGGUUGGCCCGUCUCAACAUGGAUGACAUCGCCCAGUCUCAAGUACGACAUCACGGGCUGGUCCUCUGAGUCAGGAGCCUUUGUGCAGCUGCUUCGACUGCCUGACAAACAGCACACGUGCGGCACUGAGGCCCACAUUGACGUCUUCUUCACGACCCGUCUGGGAUCGCAGUUCGAUCUGUUUUACCAGGUCACGGCCAACAGCGACAUCUUGCUGGCGGACUUAGUGCCGGUGACGUUUUCCGAGGCGGUCGACGUCUCUGCGCUGCAGGAGGGCGGGGUCGUUGACCUGCCCAAGGUGUCCGGGUCACAUCCCGUCGGUCAGGUGACCCUCGCGAUCCCAGUGACGUCAACCAUGUCCUCGGGCUUCCAAGUGCUGGUCUACAUGGUGAUUGAUGGCGAGGUGAUCGCGGACAGCCAGUCGUACGCUGCGGAGCGCUGUCUGGACAACCAGGUGUCGCUGCGCUGGUCGCCUGACCGCGCCCAGCCGCGGGACACCGUGCAUCUGACGGUAACGGCUGCUCCCGGCUCGCUUUGUGGACUCGAUGUGGUUGACAAAUCGGUGAGUCUACUCGGCGAUGAGAACAAGAUCACGCUGUCUGACAUCUAUAAGAGACUUCGAGUUCUCACCUCGCGUUUUGGCAUCAGUCGGAUCGACGACGACAAGUACUGCAGGGCUAAAUAUGGACCACCGCCGACGCCGUCGCCGCCCAUUUCGGAUGAUGAUCUCGCGCCCUUCGAAUUUCCCAGCGACCUGAUCAUGAACAGCGGGCCGCCGUCCCCUCCCGGCUUCCCAUCCGGCCCGCCGGCUAGGAAGAAGAGGCGAUCGCAGCCGUUCUCAACACCACCGCUGUCUUAUUAUUGGGAGACUACCCACGCCGAUUCACUCACCGCAUUCCAUGAGUCUGGCCGGCUUCUACUUGCCGAUCUGCGGCAAGAGGCCAGACCAUGCCGGAAAACAUUCUACUCUCCCACGCAUGAAUACGCGGACUAUUAUGAGGACUUCGAUGGAUAUACGAUUGCGGAGAUAUCCACAGUUAUUGAAGGUCCGAGGUCCAACCAACGUACCACCAUUUCUUCUUUCAAUCACAUAUACGCUGCGUUUGCAUGGCAAAAAUGUCUUUGGGUAGUUGCUGCUUGCUUGCCCGGAUAUAUUUGCGAAUGCAUGUCAAGGUCACCAGACGGCGGCUGGCUGACAUUGUCCGACGUCUUGGUGGAGACGCGGCCGUGCUUCAGCCGCCGCUCCUCGUACCCGCUGUGGAGCUGCGACGACAUCUCCUGUCCACUGAUGCGCACAGCGGCGUUCGAUCUUGAGGCCAGCGCCAGCGAGCCACGGUUUCAGCUGGCUGCGCCCGGAGGCCCGACGCCGGUGCUCGAUUCGCCUCCCGGAUCGGCCCCGGAGCCGCCUCCGUCCGAGGUGCCUGACGUGGUUCGCACCUACUUCCCCGAGACGUGGCUGUUCGAUCUCCACACGGUCGGGGACGACGGCUCGGUGACGCUGACACAGAAAGUACCGGACACCAUCACCGAGUGGGUAGGCGGAGCCGUGUGCAGCUCAGAGAUGGCCGGCCUUGGCGUGGCGCCGUCGGCCUCCCUCACCAGCUUCCAGCCGUUCUUCGUCAGCUACACGCUGCCCUACUCGGUGAAACGCGGCGAGACGCUCGUGCUCAAGGUCUCGGUGCUCAACUACAACGAAGAGGCGCUGCCGGUCAAGCUGACGCUGGUGGCGUCAGACGAGUUCGAGACGCUCUCGGCGCCGGUGGUGACCUCGUGCGUGUCGACCGGCGUGGCCGAGGUCGUGCCGUACCGGCUGCGGCCCGGCCAGCUCGGCGACGUUAACAUCACCGUGGUAGCUGAAGUGUACUCCGACUUCCCCGCCGAGUGUGGGUCAGAGGUGGUGCCCUACUUCAGGGACGCCGUGACCAGGCCGAUUCUGGUGGAGCCGGAGGGCUUCGAGCGUGAAGUCAUCCACUCCUUCUUCAUGUGCAUCAGCCCGGAGGGUGCCGACCUGUCGGGCGGACCGAAUAGGCGGGAGGUUGACUGGCCGCUGCUUCUGCCGGCCGACCUGGUGCCCGACUCCGAGCGGGCUCAGAUCGCCGUCGUCGGAGACCUGCUGGGACCCAGCAUUGACAACCUGGAGUCGCUGGUACGGCAGCCAACCGGUUGCGGCGAACAGAACAUGGUGCUCUUCGCUCCCAACAUUCACGUCAUGAAGUAUUUGACUGCAGUUGGUCAACUGACUGAGCAAAUCAAGGAUAAACUUGCCAGAUUUAUGAAAUCAGGCUACCAGCGCGAGCUGGGCUACCGUCACGAGGACAAAUCGUACUCGGCAUUCGGCAAGUCGGACGACUCAGGCUCCAUGUGGCUGACCGGCUUUGUCAUCAAGUCGUUCGGUGACGCGAAGAAGUUUAUUUUCAUCGACGAGGCUGACCUGGAAGGAAGCGUGCGGUGGAUCGAAUCCCAUCAAUUGGGUAGCGGCUGCUUCCCAUCUGUGGGGACGGUCCUCCACAAAGAAAUGAAGGGCGGCGUUGGGUCCGGCGGCCAGCAGGCGCUGACGGCCUACAUCGCCAUCGCGCUGCUGCAGUCGGGGGUCGAGCUGGGCGAGAACACCGUCCACGGCGCCUUCCGCUGCCUGACACAGGACAUCAGCUCUGACCUGUACACGCUGACGCUGCUGACGCACGCGCGCGCCGUGGCCGGCCGCCUGGACGAGGCGCGGUUGGGUCUGACAGAGCUCAAGAGCCGCGCCACCAGGGAGGAGGGUCUGGUGUACUGGCGCAACGAAGGGUCUGACGAGAAUCGGGCGCUCAGCGUGGAGAUGGGUGCCUAUAACAUUCUGACGAUGAAGCUGCUGGAGAAAGCCGGUGACGACAGCAGCGAACACUUCAGCGAUGCGCUGGGUGCCGUGCGCUGGAUCACCCAGCAGCGCAACAGUCGCGGCGGCUUCGUGUCCACGCAGGAUACGGUGCUGGCGCUGGAGGCACUGGCCGCCUUCUCGGCCGACCUGCCUCGCUCGAGCAGCGCCGACCUGCGAGUACACGUCUCCGAUGACGGCUCGCUGAAUGACGUCAUCAGCGUAACGGCGGACAAUCUGCUACUGAUGCAAACUCGUGACGUCACACUGCUGCCAGGUCACGUCCAAGUCAGAGCACAGGGCACCGGCUGCGCCCUGGUGCAGGCUUCGUUGAAAUACAACGUGUAUACAGCCAGUCCAAACGACGCACUGACGAUCAACUCGUACGCCCUGGACGUCAACUGCGACACAGUUCUACCGUGGCCCAUUGACCCGGUUCCACUGCCUGUGUUCGAGAACGACCAGCAAGGAGCCGGGUCCGAGUUCCGCGGCUUCUUCCUACGGGACGACAGACCGCAGCUGCCGGAGGGCCCGGAGGGCGUGGCCCCUCGUCUGGCGGCGCCGCCCCUCGGCUUCAGAGGUGCAGAGCAGGACACACCGGCGGCCGACGGCCGAGAGGACGAGGAGAGGAAGGACGACCAGGACGACGACGGGCCCGUCUGUCCGAUGUGCCUGGACAGGCUGCGCAAGGAAGACUUCAGCCACUACCUCUGCCUGUACGGGCGGGUGCUGGUGGCGACGCUGACAGAGGAGGGCACGCUCCAUUACCGCUCCUCCUGGGCUCUGGAGGGAGGCCCGACGCCGGUGCUCGAUUCGCCUCCCGGAUCGGCCCCGGAGCCGCCUCCGUCCGAGGUGCCUGACGUGGUUCGCACCUACUUCCCCGAGACGUGGCUGUUCGAUCUCCACACGGUCGGGGACGACGGCUCGGUGACGCUGACACAGAAAGUACCGGACACCAUCACCGAGUGGGUAGGCGGAGCCGUGUGCAGCUCAGAGAUGGCCGGCCUUGGCGUGGCGCCGUCGGCCUCCCUCACCAGCUUCCAGCCGUUCUUCGUCAGCUACACGCUGCCCUACUCGGUGAAACGCGGCGAGACGCUCGUGCUCAAGGUCUCGGUGCUCAACUACAACGAAGAGGCGCUGCCGGUCAAGCUGACACUGGUGGCGUCGGACGAGUUCGAGACGCUCUCGGCGCCGGUGGUGACCUCGUGCGUGUCGACCGGCGUGGCCGAGGUCGUGCCGUACCGGCUGCGGCCCGGCCAGCUCGGCGACGUUAACAUCACCGUGGUAGCUGAAGUGUACUCCGACUUCCCCGCCGAGUGUGGGUCAGAGGUGGUGCCCUACUUCAGAACAUGGUGCUCUUCGCCUCCCAACAUUCACGUCAUGAAGUAUUUGACUGCAGUUGGUCAACUGACUGAGCAAAUCAAGGAUAAACUUGCCAGAUUUAUGAAAUCAGGCUACCAGCGCGAGCUGGGCUACCGUCACGAGGACAAAUCCUACUCGGCAUUUGGCAAGUCGGACGACUCAGGCUCCAUGUGGCUGACCGGCUUUGUCAUCAAGUCGUUCGGUGACGCGAAGAAGUUUAUUUUCAUCGACGAGACUGACCUGGAAGGAAGCGUGCGGUGGAUCGAAUCCCAUCAAUUGGGUAGCGGCUGCUUCCCAUCUGUGGGGACGGUCCUCCACAAAGAAAUGAAGGGUGGCGUUGGGUCCGGCGGCCAGCAGGCGCUGACAGCCUACAUCGCCAUCGCGCUGCUGCAGUCGGGGGUCGAGCUGGGCGAGAACACCGUCCACGGCGCCUUCCGCUGCCUGACACAGGACAUCAGCUCCGACCUGUACACGCUGACGCUGCUGACGCACGCGCGCGCCGUGGCCGGCCGCCUGGACGAGGCGCGGUUGGGUCUGACAGAGCUCAAGAGCCGCGCCACCAGGGAGGAGGGUCUGGUGUACUGGCGCAACGAAGGGUCUGACGAGAAUCGGGCGCUCAGCGUGGAGAUGGGUGCCUAUAACAUUCUGACGAUGAAGCUGCUGGAGAAAGCCGGUGACGACAGCAGCGAACACUUCAGCGAUGCGCUGGGUGCCGUGCGCUGGAUCACCCAGCAGCGCAACAGUCGCGGCGGCUUCGUGUCCACGCAGGAUACGGUGCUGGCGCUGGAGGCACUGGCCGCCUUCUCGGCCGACCUGCCUCGCUCGAGCAGCGCCGACCUGCGAGUACACGUCUCCGAUGACGGCUCGCUGAAUGACGUCAUCAGCGUAACGGCGGACAGUCUGCUACUGAUGCAAACUCGUGACGUCACACUGCUGCCAGGUCACGUCCAAGUCAGAGCACAGGGCACCGGCUGCGCCCUGGUGCAGGCUUCGUUGAAAUACAACGUGUAUACAGCCGGUCCAAACGACGCACUGACGAUCAACGUGGCUGCCAAGCCCAAAAUGAACCAGCGGGAGUGUCUGAAGCAUACCAUAGACAUCUGCGUCAGCUACCUGAAGGAGGAUAGCGAAACCAAUAUGGCUGUGGUCGAGUUGGACAUGGUCAGCGGGUUCAUUCCCAACAAGGGAAGUCUGAAUGACCUCAAGCAGAACGUCGAGUUGGGUCUGAAGCGCUGGGAGGUCAACAACAACAAGGUGGUCUUCUACUUCGACUCGCUGGAUGGAAAGGAGCGCUGUUUCAGCAUCAUCGUACAGCGGGAGCAGGAGGUGGAAGAUGCCAAAAGCGCGGUGGCCAGCGUAUAUGAUUAUUACCAGACGGAGUUCGCCCGGAGCACGUCGUACGCCCUGGACGUCAACUGCGACACAGUUCUACCGUGGCCCAUUGACCCGGUUCCACUGCCUGUGUUCGAGAACGAUCAGCAAGGAGCCGGGUCCGAGUUCCGCGGCUUCUUCCUACGGGACGACAGACCGCAGCUGCCGGAGGGCCCGGAGGGCGUGGCCCCUCGUCUGGCGGCGCCGCCCCUCGGCUUCAGAGGUGCAGAGCAGGACACACCGGCGGCCGACGGCCGAGAGGACGAGGAGAGGAAGGACGACCAGGACGACGACGGGCCCGUCUGUCCGAUGUGCCUGGACAGGCUGCGCAAGGAAGACUUCAGCCACUACCUCUGCCUGUACGGGCGGGUGCUGGUGGCGACGCUGACAGAGGAGGGCACGCUCCAUUACCGCUCCUCCUGGGCUCUGGAGGGCAAGCCCACGCGGCUCGGGGUCCAGCAGCCAAUCGCCAUGACUGACGGUUGCGACUGCGUCCUUGACACGGGGAGGCCGCUGUACGUGUUCGGCAUGACGGAGGACCAGCUGGAGCAGUCGCUGUUGCCGCUGACCGACGAGCACGUGCUGGCGGCGGCUCCUGGCACCGUGCAGCUCCGCAAGCGUCAGGUGGAGCUGGCUCGCGAAAGGGGCUGCCAGUAAAGCUCGACAGGCUGCCGGUGAUGACCCGCGGGGCUGCCGGUAAUGACCCGCGGGGCUGCCGGUGAUGACGCGAGGGGCUGCCGAUGAUGACCCGCGGGGCUGCCGGUGAUGACCCGCGGGGCUGCCGGUGAUGACCCGCGGGGCUGCCGGUGAUGACCCGCGGGGCUGCCGGUGAUGACCCGCGGGGCUGCCGGUGAUGACCCGCGGGGCUGCCGGUGAUGACCCGCGGGGCUGUCGGUGAUGACGCGAGGGACUGCCGGUAAUGACCCGAGGGGCUGCCGGUGAUGACCCGAGGGUCUGCUGGUGAUGACCCGAGGGUCUGCCGGUGAUGACCCGCGGGGCUACAGGCUUUCGCUGCGUCGGGCACCGUAGCCACGCGACUGUCACGUGUGCUGAUGGGCGUGUUUUGCAUCGUUCAUGGGAGGCUACACUGUCGCGGUGCAAUGUCCCGCCGCUGGGUACUGGCACAUGCUGGUCCCGCGCGAGUUUGACGUAAUGUUCACAUUUUGUUCGACGGCAUUCGAUAAUAUAUGCUUUACUAUCAUUUACUGUGGCGGGUUAUGACAACAUCUCGCUGAAAAUACUGCUGACUGGCUAUGUCA